AUGAGUACGACCCAAGGCGCUCCCGGUGGUCAUUCUGCUUCUGGUUACGGUGGGCGCAGCAGCUACCCACCUCCCCCCCGUUCGUUCGAAGAUCGCGCCGUCGCCAAAGAACAAAUGAUGCAAGCCGUGCGCGAGUCGUCCCAGCAAGACCGUCGCGUCUAUGUGGGCAACCUCUCCUACGAUGUCAAGUGGCAUCAUCUGAAAGACUUUAUGAGACAGGCUGGAGAAGUCAUCUUUGCCGAUGUCUUACUGCUUCCCAAUGGAAUGUCGAAGGUGGGCGCCAAUGCGAUUGUGGAAUACGCAACCAGGGAACAAGCGCAAAAUGCGGUAAACACCCUCAGCAACCAGAACUUGAUGGGAAGACUCGUCUACGUCCGUGAGGACCGUGAGCCCGAGCCUCGUUUCACGGGAGGUCCCUCUCGUGGUGACUUCGGAGGUGGUGGUCGCGGCGGCUUCGGUGGCGGCUUCGGUGGCCCUGCCGGCGGCGGCGCUGGUGGCCGUCAGCUUUAUGUUUCGAAUCUUCCGUUUAAUGUUGGCUGGCAAGAUUUGAAGGAUCUUUUCCGCCAAGCUGCUCAGCAGGGUGCUGUGAUCCGUGCCGAUGUUCACACCGAUGCCACCGGCCGUCCCAAGGGCUCUGGUAUCGUCGCCUUCGAGUCCCCUGAGGAUGCCCGGAAUGCCAUUCAGCAGUUCAACGGAUACGACUGGCAAGGACGCCAGCUGGAGGUUCGUGAGGAUCGCUUCGCUGGUGCUGGACCUGGGUUCGGUGGCCGUGGUGGCUUCGGAGGUCGCGGUGGCUUUGGUGGUGGUUUCGGUGGCCGCGGUGGCUUUGGUGGCCGUGGCGGCUUUGGCGGAGGCUUCCGUGGUGGUUAUGGCGGAGCUCCUGGCGGUUUCGGUGGUGCUCCUGGUGGUUUCGAGGGUGUGCCCUCUGGACCCCCUAACCCGUUCACCGAUUUCGCUACCUCCGGCGGCGACAAGAGCGCUGUCAUCUACGUGCGCAACCUGCCCUGGUCGACUUGCAACGAGGAUCUGGUGGAUUUGUUCUCGACUAUCGGCAAGGUUGAUCGCGCGGAGAUCCAGUACGAGCCCAAUGGUCGCUCCCGCGGCACCGGUGUGGUUCAGUUUGAUAGUACGGAAACUGCGGAGACUGCUAUCGCCAAGUUCACCGGCUACCAGUACGGCGGUCGUCCCUUGGGCAUUACGUUCGUCAAGUACAUGAACGCCGGCCCAGGGCCCGGUGAUGUUGCGAUGGACGGCACUGAGCCGACUGCUCCGAUCACGCAGGAUCAGAUCAUGUAA